GAAGGUUGUGGAAGGUGGUGAUGGUGGUGGCGAUGGUGGCGAUGGUGGUGGUGAGGGGGUCCAGGAUGUAUGUCAUUGAAGAGGGAGUCCCAACAUUACCAGCGGCAAGCCACGGGCGGCACAGCGAUUGUAACCGGGAACGUCGGGGGGGAGACCAACGGGCGGCCAGAACUCAGGAACGCAGAGGGAUGUCGCAACAGCAGCAGCAGCAGCAGCAGCAGCAGCAGCAGCAGCAGCAGUAG